CGCUGCUGGAGGAUCACAGCUCACACACUCAUCUUCAUCAUCGUCAUCCUCAUCUGAGCAAUGGCUCUGGACUUCGUUGCAGGAUGCAUUGGAGGUGCAGCAGGUGUUCUGGUCGGACAUCCCUUUGAUACGGUCAAGGCAAAGGGCGAGACCCAGACAGACGUGGUUCUGAAGGCCUCCUCCCGUGAGGUUGUAUGUUAAUCAGCUGUAUUUUCUGAGUCUUGUCUUGGUGCCUUUGUUCUGAUCACGAGGGUUUUUCACAGCAGAAGUGUCACUUUGUUGUAGAUGAGAGCGAGGCUGUUACUCCGGCCGCUCGGGGGUUAACCUCGUAAGUAAAGACCGGGUCCGUUCCUCUUUCCAUUGGACUGGAAUCUUACUGAAUAUGAUCAAACAUCAGCAGCUCUAGAUUGAUCAUCUGAACCGUCGGCCGUGGCCUGAUCCCAGCAGGUUUAAUGGGAAAAACUCUGUUUUCUAGGUCCGGCUGCAGGUUCAGAGCGUGGACAAGCCUUUAUACCGCGGGACAUAUCACUGCUUCCAGUCCAUCGUCCGGCAGGAGUCUGUGUCUGGUCUCUAUAAAGGCCUCGGCUCGCCCAUGAUGGGCCUGACCUUCAUCAAUGCCAUCGUCUUCGGCGUGCAGGGGAACGCCAUGCGUAUGCUGGGAGCGGACACACCUCUGCACCAGUUCCUGGCCGGCGCCUCGGCCGGACUCAUCCAGAGCGUGAUCUGCUGCCCGAUGGAGCUGGCCAAGACCCGCAUGCAGAUGCAGGGAACGGGCGAGAAGAGCGCCUCCAGGAAGAUGUACAGGAACUCUCUGGACUGCCUGGUCCGCAUCUACCGCAAGGAAGGCGUCCGAGGAAUAAACCGAGGGAUGGUGACCACGGUCAUCCGCGAGACGCCGGGCUUCGGAGUCUACUUCCUCGCCUACGACACGCUGACCCGAGCGCUGGGCUGCGACGCCGACGACGGGUACAUCAUUCCCAAGCUGCUCCUGGCGGGCGGCAUGUCGGGAAUGGCCUCCUGGAUCUCCACCUAUCCCGUGGACGUCAUCAAGUCCCGCCUCCAGGCGGACGGAGUGGGCGGAGCCAACAGGUACAACGGCAUCGUGGACUGCAUCCGUCAGAGCUGGAGGAGAGAAGGAUGGAGGACCUUCACUCGAGGCCUGACCUCCACUCUUUUGAGAGCGUUUCCGGUCAACGCCACAACAUUCGCCACCGUCACGCUCUUCCUCAUGUACAUGCGUGAAGAUGAUGCCGGCGUGAAGGACUGCGAACCCUUGCAGCCCAACCUUCAGCACAGCGGCCUGUGACUCAGACCUGAGGAAAGACUUGAGAAGGAAAGCACAGAUGUUCUGCCCUGAUUAACCUCCAGACUCUGUCUAAUAAAGAGAGAAAAGGUCAGGCUGAACAACGUGAUCGUGAGAUCUUCACCUCUUUACGUUUAAUGGACCAUACCCAUCAAUUAUUAGGAUGAGUGAGCUUCCUCCGGCUUCGAGGACUCCCAGGUCAGCAUCUGUAGAAACACUGAUGAAGGACCUGAGCGAUGUAAUGAUGGGGCAUUUUAAAACACCGAACAUGAAUCAAAGACAGUGUUUUUAAAAGACAAUGCAUUAAAGAAGAGUCAAGGUCCAGCAGAUACUCUCUAAGAUGACGUUACGGUGCUGAAUUUAGUUUUCUUUCAGUACAAAAAGUGUUCUUGUCGCUUCAUAACCACUGAUGGAGCAUUCAGACGACGUCUUCAUAUUUCUCUGCAGCUUGACAGCAUGCUUUAUUAAGAAACACUCUCACUAUAUACAGACAAGCAGGUGACCCCAGAACAUUAACUCAACGCAUUUAAUUACGUGUUAAUGCGUUUUCCUCCCAUAUAAACAAUGCGUAACAUGGCUUAAGAGUGAACAUAAAAACAUUAAUAAAGCAUGCUAUAUAAAGACAAGCAGAAUAAUAACCUGUUUAGAGAGUUUGGUCUUAUAAAAACACUGUCUCUUGUUUCCACACUGUUAGAAAUAACGUGCAAAACUGUCCUGACUGUUAAAGGGAUAACUCUGUCCCUCAUUUACACAUAAAAAGUGAAUAUUAUAGAAGUCAUAAGGCUUCAAGGUCAUGGCUCCAGUUCUCAGGAAAAGCAGGAGCUGAUGAAAUGUAAAAGUGUACUCUGAAUGCUGUGCGAGUCGCUCUAGAUAAGAGUCUGCCAAAUGCUCGAAUGUAAAGAUUAGUACCUUUUUACAGCAGUAUGUGCUCUUAAAGCACUACCAUGGACUUUUUAAAUGAAGUGCAAAGAUGUUCUUUAAGAGUUCUGUUCCAGUAGCAAGCUGUUACAACUCUACACAUACGAUGUUUGCCUUUUUUUCUGGAGUUUUUUUAAAACAGGUACAAAGUUUGAGACUUUCCAUUUAAAAAGAAGUAAACCUUAAACGUUAAGAUAACAACGUUAAGUGUUGACUUCACAAGUUUGAUCCCGAUUAGUAAAACUAGAAGAAUGCAGGGACAUGGUCCUACGUUUACAUUCAUAGAGGCAUUUUGUGAUUGUUUUUUAAUCUUUACAUGCACCUUAAACACGUGACCAGCUCCUGACAUGCCUGUAGUUGAUAUAUUUCUGUAUAUAUACACCAUUUAUUUGCAUCA